AUGUUCGCUUUAAAUAACAGGAAGAAAAGAUCAAGACAGGCCUUGUACGCGAACCCAACAACAGACAGCUUUGAAGACUCUUCAGCCUUCACGUUAAACAAUGCUGGAGAGGGAUGUUUUGAUGCUAGUGAAGUAGCGAUACCACAGAAACGUUUUCAGCGACUUCAACCGCCAAAUUCCUCAAACAAUGAGAAAAAUGUCAACGGCACUUCCUCUUUCUUGCGACAAAACCAGGAGUCAAUUUGUGGAAGUGGUAGGAGUGGAAGCUCUUUGCCAUGCAGUGGGCGUUAUUAUGGCACUAAUCAAAUUGGAGCACAACUUCGCCAGCCGAUAAAACAGCAAACCCAUUCCUUUCUCAUCAAUAGUAUGGAUUCACCACCAACCAAUUAUCCGUCCAGUAACAAGUUUGUUUUCUAGUUUUCACUUUUUUGUUUUCGUAAAAAAAAGCUUUAAUUAAAAAAAUUUCCAAUUGACAAGUUUCAUUCUUCGUAGGCAGCCAGAAUUUCAAAUUAAAAUUUGAAUUUUAUCAUCAUUUUCUGUAUUUACAGGACUCUGCAACACCAGCCAGUCACAGGUUUUCAAGGCUCUGGUAUAAAAGUUGAGAAACAAGAUAUGACCAGACAAAGAAAACCAGACCAAAAGGAUCAGAAUUUUCAGUCCAAGGUAGAGCAAUAUUGAGUCUACCUCAGGUUUAGUUUAGAUGGUGGCUUUGCAGUAUUUCCACAAGUGGAAAAAAGAUGUCCACAUUAAAAAAUACAUCCAAAUGUCAAAUUGAGCACAAAGAGUUGUGCUCAAGGAUAACUACUAUUUUAAAGUACUAGAUUUUGGAGUGAAGUAUCUGCAAAAAUAAGUGAUUGAUAUGAGAGCUACCAUUUAUAACUCACCUCAAACAUUACAGCCUCUUAAUGUCUCAUUUGCCUUCCUCUUCUUUGCUUUCUCAGUGAUUAGACUAUACAUCUCUCUGGGUAACCCUUUUCUUGAGUGCCUUUUCUUGAAAAAGGGUUCCCUUCAAUUAAAGAAAGGAGCCAAGUGGGCCCUCUUUAAUUAUUUUCAAAUAAAUAUGAGUCAAUUUAGUGAAAAUAAGUACUUGUUAAUUUUUCAAAGACUACAAAUCUCACUCUAAAGGCUCAUGCAAUUUUGUUGUCUUUGAAAAAUUUACUCUUACUUAUUGACACCACAUUGCACUUGAAAUCAUGUUUUCACCUAUACAAAGCUCAGGGGCUUUGUGACCAUGUGUUUUAGGGUCUCCAGAGAACAGUAAGCUUAACAAACUAGCUGAAAACUAUAAUCCAGAUCCUGAAGGGCCCUCCACUGAGCUGUUUAGAAAUUUGUUUUUCCUAAAACAAUGCUCAUAAAUUCACAAAUUACAGGAAUGGUCCGGUAAACAAAUGAAUCUCAUGGCCACUCCAACAGACAAGUCUCUCAAGUUUUUAACAGCCACAGUUCAAAGUGUUCUUAAGUGGAAACAGUAUGAAGACAUGGUCACUUCAAUUUAUGAAGUAUUUGGUGAGAAAUUUACCUCCUUUACUAGUUUAGACUUUUCACUGUCCUUCUUCUAUAGUGUCAUUAUGCAUGAGUAUCUAAAUCUGCUCUUAACGGAAAGGUAGACUAAUCCUUUAAAUUCUACUAACUAAAAAUAAACAAAUAUAUCCUUAGGAACACUGGACUCACAAGUUUCCUUGAAUGCAGCUGGUAAUGGAAAAAAUUUUGUCAUCAAAGACAAAACUGGAGUUCUGAGGUAAUUAACAAUGUCAAGUACAACUUGAAAAUAACAUGUCAAGGCUCUUUUGAUUUGCUUGAAACCCAUUAUUGACUAUAUCAGUUUUCUCCCAAUGCUUAGGUGCACUUUUUGGGAAAUGGUAAGCAUGUCUCAAUUAUAUACCCAAUUCUUCAAAGUAAUGCCUGAUAUAAUAUUUUUAAAUUAAAGGGAAUUUUCAAUGAGAACAGUGGUGUUAAUUUCUUUUUUAAGGAUCACCAACUUCCAAGAUUGACAAGAGGGAAGAUGCACAGGUGAUUAAGUCAGUCUGUUUAAUAGUGUUCAAUUAAUCAAAAUCAAAGCAUAAUUUUAAAAAAUCCAUCUGCUCUUCUGAAUUCUAAAGGUUAAGAUAACCUUAAGUAACAAUAACAAUGACAAAGGUGUAAAAAAGUUUUAUGUUUUAGGAUUUCCCCUAAUUAAACUUCAUGAAUUAUUGGAGACCUUGAGAAAUAUAUGUUGUUCAUACUGUACAUAUUGACAAAUACAUAUUUUUGAAAGGUGUGUGGGAUUCUUGGACAAAAAUGGUGGAACUUUUAAUUGUGUGUCCAUCAGACCAAGUAAGCAGACAGAACUGCUGGUUAUGGUAGACUUCUUAAAAGCGUCAGAGUUGGCUAUGCAACAACAGCUAGCAACCUUCAAGGAAGACUAA